AUGGAUGAAACGGAGAUCGAUACUCAGAUCAUUGGUGCUAAAGGACUGCUAGAUGACAGCAGCUUCAUUUCUGAGAAGCAGAGCAGCAUUCUCAAAUCACAAGAGAGUGAAACAUCAUUUCAGAAAAAUACGUUAACUCUGCCUGAAGAGCUAUCAAGGGACAAGUCUGAAAAAGCCUUAAGCGGAGGCCAAACGUCUCUAUUUAUACACUCUAGUGCUCCUACUGUUUCAAGUGAAAACUUUCUUCUGCCUACAGGAACUGCUGUUAAUGGACCAGUUUCACACUCCACUUCCAUUAUGAAGAAAGGCAGCAUUUCAUUAACCACUGCACAAACUGUGGGCCAUCAAGCAGAUUCUUGCUCCGCUGGGACGGUGGCACAUGAUCACCAACUUCCCACAAAGACUUCAACCCAAAAUUCAAGUCCACACCAACAUUUGUUUUUGUUACCUGAAGCAGCUCAUGCUAAGAACCUGACACAUUCCAUAAAAAAUCUACCUCCCUCUGCUUCAGUUGCUUGUGACACACAGCCAUCUAUACGAAAAAGCAUAAAACCAGAUAGCACUUUAGUAAGCCAAGUAGACAUGUGUGAGGAUAGCAAAAGUUCGCUAGAAAAAGAUGGCGGUAGAAAAUCACUAACAGCCACAUCCUCAGGUACAGGUGACUUCAGAACUGAAAGUGAUGCAAACUGGGACCCACAGAAAGAGUUUAUAGAAUUUCUCAUGACAAAUGAAGAACCUGUAGAGAAGUCACCAGUCCAGCCUAAAGUGGGUGUACCAAAAAGGAGGAAAAGAAAGAUGGAUGUUAGCAAAAUCACACGUUACACUGAGGACUGUUUUAAUGAAUCAAAUUAUACUCAUGACAAUUCAGAAUCGUUAGAUACUGAGUUUUUGGAGCAGAGUGAGACUUUACAAGUGAUAGAAUCUCAUAAAUUUUCUUUAGCAAAAGUGAAGCCUGAAUCAACAGAUGAGGAAUUGGAAGUUGUAGAUGCCAUUCAACAAUUGAUUUAUAACCCAAGUAAUAAAUGUGCAGGUGGUACUUCUCCUAUUCACACUAGCACUUUUCUUUCUAAUACUCUGUUAAACAAAUGUGAACAUGAUGAAUUGGAACCACCAACUAAUUUCAGUACUGAUGAGCCUUCAUUUUAUCCCUGUACAAAGUGCAAUGUGAAUUUUAGGGAAAAGAAGCACCUGCACAGGCACAUGAUGUAUCACUUGGAUGGCAAUAGCCACUUUCGCCAUUUAAAUGUUCCAAGGCCUUAUGCAUGUAGGGAAUGUGGUCGGACCUUUCGAGACCGCAAUUCCCUUCUUAAACAUAUGAUAAUUCACCAGGAAAGAAGACAGAAACUGAUGGAGGAAAUUCGUGAAUUGAAAGAGCUUCAGGACGAGGGUAGGAGUGCACGGUUACAGUGUCCACAAUGUGUAUUUGGUACCAAUUGUCCCAAAACCUUUGUGCAGCAUGCUAAAACCCAUGAGAAGGACAAAAGGUACUACUGCUGUGAAGAAUGUAACUUUAUGGCAGUGACAGAGAGUGAACUUGAAUGUCAUCGAGGGAUUGCUCAUGGGGCAGUGGUGAAAUGUUCAAUGAUCACUGCAGAUAUAGCUCAGAGAAAAUCACAGAAAAAGGCAUUAGCGAAAGAUUCCUUCAUGGAAUCGUCCAAAAAAUCAGCUGACUAUAUGUGCAAAAUGUGUCCAUUCACUACAUCAGCCAGAAGCAUUUUGAAAAAACACAUGGAAUACCUGCAUCCAACAUCGUGCAUAGACCCUUUUGGUAGCCGACUUAGACUAGAAAAAAGAAAAGGUCAUAUUAUAGAAGACCCUUUAGAUUUUGGCAGCAGGACUAAACAUUUCAUCAAACAAUCAUCUGCCUUUCCAAAGAACUCUGUUUUAAAACAAGAUAUAAAAAGACCAUUUGGCUCUGCAUUCCAGUCCAGUAACUUUGCAAAACUUCACAAGAGACCCCCCAGGAUACAGAAGGCUCGGAAAAGCGUUGCACAGUCAGCUGUAAGUGUGUAUGGUCAUAGCUCUACAGACAAGCCUGUUUUGAAUAGAAAUAGCACUGGCCAAAAACCUAAAUAUUUGCAUCAUUCAGGAAAGCAAAAGACUAGCGUCAGAGCUAGCAAUAAUUAUUUAUAUAGAUACAAACAUGAAAACAAUAGGAUUAAAAAAUCUAGCAGCCCUUAUCUUUUACACUUAAAAAGGGAAGCUGCAAGAUCUGUCAGGUCCUUACCUUUAUUAUCUUCAAAUAAUUCUCAUAGAUUUAUUAUGGAUUCUCUUAACUAUGAUGCAAAAAGACCAGGAGUCUAUAAAGAUAAGCAUGUAACUGUAAAAAGGUUGGUUAAAAGAUCCAAAAGUGAAGGCUCUGUAAAAGGAGAUGAUUUGGACAGUUAUCCAGACUUUCUACAUAAAAUGACUGUUGUUGUUUUGCAGAAACUUGCUGGGAAAAAAGACAGCUAUGAAACGGAGGAUGAAAGUUCAUGGGAUAAUGUUGAACUGUGUGAUUACACUACACGGUCUGUGGAGGAUGACUCUUACAGUGAUAUUAAUCAGGAGCAUGUAAACCUGUUCCCUUUAUUUAAAGGUAAAAUGGAAGAAGAAACUGGUGGUAAAUCCUCUCUUAGAUAUGAGCAAAAUGACGGAUUUUAUUUUGAGUAUUAUGAAGAUGGCGAAGGUAGCAAUUACCUGCAUGAUUUUCAAGAUCCUCAUAAUUUAGAAAACAUAGGCACAACAUUGCCAAAGCAUAACUCAGUUUUCCAUUGGACUGACUUAUCGCUUGAGAAAAAAAACUGUCCAUAUUGUCCAGCAACUUUUGAAACAGGUGUUGGAUUGUCUAAUCAUGUCCGUGGGCAUCUUCACAGAGCUGGGUUAAGUUAUGAAGCCCGUCAUGUUGUCUCGCCUGAGCAGAUAGCAACAAGCGACAAAAUGCAGCAUUUCAAAAGAACUGUAACAGGAACUCCUGUUAAACGCGUUAGAAAAGGUAAGAUUUUUCUUUCCUUAUCCUAUUUAGGGGGAGCGGGGUGUAUAAUAAUGUGGUUGCAGGUCUGGCUAUGCUACGUCCUGCCUCUCAUAAUAGCUUUUAUUUCCAUCCAUGGUAGAAACUUUUAAUGUCUACGUUUUAAGCAAGCUGGGUCCUUAGUGUCUGACAAAUUGAUAAAUGGAUGAUUUUUCUUUUUAGCUAUUGAGAAAUCAGAAAGUUCUUCAGAACACACAUGCCAACUCUGUGGAGGUUGGUUUGACACUAAAAUAGGAUUAUCUAAUCAUGUUCGAGGACACCUGAAAAGGCUUGGUAAAACCAAAUGGGAUGCACACAAAUCUCCAAUCUGUGUUCUGAAUGAGAUGAUGCAAAAUGAAGAAAAAUAUGAAAAAAUCCUGAAGGCAUUGAACAGUCGGCGUAUUAUUCCCAGACCAUUUGUCGCUCAGAAACUUUCAUCAAAUGAGUUUUUAUCUCAAAAUGUUAUACCUCUUGAAGCAUACCGCAAUGGCCUAAAGACUGAAGAUAUAUCUGUAUCUGCAUCAGAGGAAGAAGGGCUGAGUUUCCUCAAUGAAUGUGAUGAAGCAAAAUCAGUACUACAUGAUGAAAAAAAAAACCAGUCAGUCACACUGAUAGAACUUUUGAAAAAUAAGAGGUUAGGAGAAGAAAGAAACCCUGAUACCUCUCCUCAAAAGAUCCAUAAUCAGACUGCAAGAAAGAGGUUUGUUCAAAAAUGUGUUCUUCCAUUAGAUGAAGACAGUCCUUUGAUGUAUCAGCCACAAAAAAUGGACUUGACUAUGCAGUCAGGUAAGAGGCUUGUUACAAUUUUAAUAACUUGGAAAUACAUUACAAGAUAAAUCCCCCCCCGCCACCCCAAUAUUCUAAAAGUAAUUAUUUUCUUUGAGACUGUUUUUCCCCUUUGCAAGGUUCUAGACAGAGAAAUAUUAAUGAAAUUAGUUUUAACGUUAAAAUUGCCUUAGUUUUCUGCAUACAAAUUGAGUUCUGAAAAGAGAGUAGCUUUUGCUCUGUAAUGGCUCUUGAAGAUGCAUAUAAAGAGGAAAUGAGAACGUCUACUUAGCAAAAUAUGGUAUCACUUAAAUAGCAGACACAUCUGGGAGAGAGCCCCUUGAUCUUUCUUAGGCUGUAAGUGUUGCAGAUAUAUAAUCGGUUCAUAGCGUUAGGAUUGUUCUUUUAUCUGGUGUAAGUGAAUGCACGACUUACUGGUUAACCGGGUGAUGUGUUGUCUGAUCUAUGCCUAGAUUUUAUACCCUGUCAGAGUAACUGUGAUGGCCAUACCCCCUGAACACAGCUGUUGCCGUCAACACAAAAUCCUUAAAAGUUUUAGAUACAUCUCUUAGAAAUCGUGCCAACAAUUUUAUUCCUUUAGACUACUUCCCCCCCUAUUCUAGCAUAGUUUUAGAAUGCUCUUCUGAAAGGUGUCUUUCAGUCUUGGCUGUCAUGGCUCCGGAAAGCUCUGCUCAUCUCCUCCAACACCUCUGCACAGACCUUAUUGCAGCUAUCUUUUCUCAGUCUAGUUUGAGUGAGCGAUUUAUGUAAACUGCUCUGCGAUGAAAGUGCUUGAUCUUGUCUUAUACCCUUUUAUCGUUUUGCUGGUACUUAAAAUUAUUACAGUGUGGUUGAUAAAAGUCUUGUUCACUGAGCAUUACUUGAUUUGCAGACCCAUGUGAUCGACCUGUUGCUGUGUAGUACCGCUAUGGACUGUAGGUAAAGAACUGAAUGUUAAUAUUGCCAUAUAAAAACCCUGGAUAAGUGAGGGUUUUUUUCAUGGGGAAGCAUUCAUAUAUUUGAAUCUAUCUGCAGUCUGAAGUUCCUUAAUAGGGCAACAGGUACAGCACAUGAGGCCACUAAUUCUGUCUUCUACUUUUGUCUGGUUAGGCACUCUGUCUUCACACCAAAUUUUGCCUUAGGUGACCAUGGUCAUAGAUCAUGGGGACUGAAAAUAUCAGUUAACUAUAUAUAUAGAGAGAGAGGGAGAGAGAGAGAGAGAGAAACUUUAAGAUCGGAGCUCCCCCAAUAAAGUUUAUUUCUUGGACAAGCUUCACAUAAACUUGGAAGAUGAUGUUCAACUACAGCUUGUUAAAUUUGGAAGUAAUGUGCUACUUAAUGUUAGGUAGCCUGCCUUCUAGGUUUCACUAAAAAAAGCUGCUUGCAUAAUACUAAUAGUUACAUGAAUAGAGCCCUUAAGCUAAUUGUGGUUAACAUAGCAUUUGACAAUUAACUCACUCUCCUACUUCAGUUAUUUAAACUUUUAUAAUUUUAAGUCUGGUUUUUUUUAAUAUUUUCUCAAGUAUAUUAUGAAACCCAGUUUUAGUGUAUAUUGCAGUAAAUCUAAACUUUGGUUUUUUCAUGUGUUGGAAGCAGCCCAGAGUGGCAGGGGCAACCUAGCCCAGAUGGGUGGCAUAUAAAUGUUCUUCUUAUUAUUAUUACCUGACAGGAUUCUUGUUUUGAUAAAAAAGCUUUCAAAUAAAUGAAAAACCUUUUCCCAAUUUGUUGAAUGUGUUGUCUAAGACAAUAUAUUUCUGAGGACAGUGAAAAUUUUGUGCCUCUAUGAAAGUAAAGUUGAGAAGAAACCAUUUUUAUUGGUUUCUUUGUCUGAAACAGUGUAGUAUGGUUUGACUGUGUGUUCUUUCCUGCGAUGUUUGUUGAUCAUUUAUUUAGCACAAAGAUUUUAGCAAAAACUACAAAUCAUUAACUUUCAUUAUUGAUUGCGCAUUCAGAGUAAUGAAGAUAAAAUGCACCAAAUAAAAUGUUUUGUCUAACAGCUGUGCAGUGGUGUGUUUUACCACCUUUUCCUCCCAGCCUUCAUCAGCAACCUAAUUUAGUAUUGAGCCUUUUACAGUCUUGUGGGUAAAACACUUUAAUUACCACUUUGUCAACUAGACUUUAUAAUUCUCUUUAUUGGGAACAUUAGAAGCCUUGAAACUUCUUAACAAAACUGUGCUAUUCAAAUUGCAGAAUUGUAUUUUGGGUUUAGGAAAUAAUCUGUGCAAUGUGAAGAUAAGCAGGAAAGUGAUAAUUCAAAGAAGCUUAGGAAUUCAAAUCAUGCCUUCCAUUUUUUUUGUACAAAAUAGCAUGUUUCAUGCUAAAUGUCACAUGCAGAAGUAAUCGCCAUGAGCUUGGCUCUUUCUAGUAUAUGAAAUAAUUACGUUGAUGAUGUAGUGAACCUGCGUAAAAGCAACUUUUAAUACAGAAUUUUCCAAAACGCUUUUGAGAGUUUCACUUUUAAAGAGAGAACUGGAUUAUAGUUUUCUUUUGAAUGAUAGGUAUGCCUGUGAAGCUUAGAACGUGUGUGCAUUGCAAUACGGCGUUUACAAGUGCUGUUAGCCUGUCCAACCAUUUGCGCGCUUAUGCACGAAAGAAGAGUGCUGGACUUUUGACUGGGACAGGUAUGUUUGUUACAGAUGUAAAAUCAAGUCUGUCUGUAUACGUUUUCCUCAUCAGACUUGACAGAUUCAUAUGCUAAUUCAGUUGACAUUUAAAAUUUUCUGAAACAGAAGUUGAAUUUGAGAAACAGAACUUUUAGCAACUUGUAAACUUACGUUGCUAAUGUCCAUUUUUUUCCCAUGCCUGGUUUUUAUUUUCAUUGGUUCAUUUUAGAUCCAGCAUUAUUUUCAUGUGUACAAACAGUUGAGAGCGGAAUGCCUUUUUGUUUUCUGGCUAAAUGCAAAAGGAGCUGCUUUUAUAAAUGAGGGAGAUUUUCACCAAUUAUUUGUUAGGUGAAUUGAGAACAAGCUCGGAUAAACAUAGACAAUUAUAUGUGGUACAAUUUUCAGCACAUCAUGUUCAACAAAAGCUACUCUUAUUUUCUCCCAUAUAUUUAUUAUCAGUUACUUUUUUUUUUGCUUUGGUCUUCCACAAAAUGAAAUAGUAACAACAAAGUGCUGCUGUGUUUUGUGUAUCCAUUUGGUGCUUUAUACUGUACUUGGAUUUUGACAGUGAUGGGACUUUUAUAUAAAUCAGAUUCACCCAACUGCAGUAGUCUUCAACUGAUGGGCCCUGACCCACUAUUGAGUCACAGUCUGAUCUAAGGUGGAUUGCAGCCACAAUGCAAAUACUUAAGAAAUGGGUCCCAAAUGAGGGUUCUCAAAUUGAAAAUGCUGAAGACCACUGGUUCCAAACAAAAGGAGAUGUUAUCAGACUACUUGUAGGGUAGUCAAACUUUCAGUGUAUAAACAAUCCCCUCCUUUCAAGUGCAGGUGCCCAAGGCCAGCAUAAUUUAGGAAAAAUUAUUACUAUUUCCAUUCAACAGCUGACCAAACUAGUGUUCUAAUCUGUCUCCUAGCUUUCAAGCCUGCUGAGUUGUCAUGGCUAUAAAGUUGUGAUCCUUAAGUGUGAUAAAGGAAGCGUGCUCUCCUUUCCUAACCCAUAACCGAGCUAUGUUGGGACUGCCAAUAUCCGUGGUUAGCACAAACCAGGGCUCAUUUUAUACCGGAAUUUGAAAUCGGGUUUGAAGCUGGCUUUCAAUUCCUGGCCAAAAGCAAACCCUAGAUCGUGCUCACCGCAACCAAUGUCUGCACCAAUAUGACUUCCAUUAAGGCUGCUAUAGUGAAAUGGAGUGCUUAAGAGUUGGGGCUGGGCGUUCUCAGUCCAUGAUCUAUUCCUGCUCCCUUCAUGGGGUGGUAACAUUACAUUGGCUUAGGCUCCGAGGUGGCUUAUAAAAACACUGUAAAUGAUCAAGCACUUAAUCAUAAACUGUCUAGUUCUUAGAAGUAUGAUAGGUUCUUAAUAGCAGGCUUGUGUUAUUGUAAAUGUCAUACUUUGCCAUAACACUUGCAAAUGGAUACACAUUCAAAAUGAAUUGGAAUACUUUUAAUUUAUUGCUUAGUUUCAUAGGUUUAAUUGUGUAAUUACCCUCUGGCAACACUGAAGGGGUGGAAUGUUAAUACAUAAAUAGCCUGCAACAUUUCCAUACAGAUGUUUAAUUUAUCUGCAAACCUGGAGACUGCAAUGGAUAUUGUCACAAUUUUUUAUGCUUUGCAAAUCAUAAACUGCUGUCUCCUAACUCUAUGUGUGUGAUCUGGAAAUAAAUCCCUUUCAGUUGUAGACUGUGCCUGGCUAUAUAGUAUUGUCAAUUCAAGUGAAUAAUUCUACUACCAAUUUUCCUAUGAGAAUUUGAGAGCAAAAUCCUGGUGUUUGUCUUCAGUUUGACACCACUUCUUUAAAUUUCAUUGUUUCCUCUUAUUUCUGUUAGCAGUUUCCCUAGAUGAGAAAAAGCUGCAUUUUAGGGAAAGAAAAUAUAUUAAAUGGUUACUCUUCUGUGACAAAAAUAUAAUGCCCCUGUGUUCAAAGGUCAUGUUAAUUGCUGUACUAUGUAAUUAUUUUUCUUCAUUUCAGCUUAAUUUUAAUACCUAGGACUAGUAUUUUUCGUAGUGUUACAUAUUUUUGAAGGAAAUGCCAUGGCCAUAAAUUCCUUUGAGCAUUUUUCAGUUUUGUGCCCUAGUUGCAUAAUUGUAUGCAUAAAUGACCUUUAUUUUUAUAUGUGACAAUUGCUAUGGGACCUUUUGUAUUUUACUUUUGAAUAGGAGAAAAACUAUCAACUAUCAAACUCACUGAAGCUGAAAGGAGUGUUUUUCCCAGGGCUACAUGAGCUUCUGGUCAAGACAUUGGCAUUUUUCACUACUCUGCCUUUGUUUAUUUAAUGACUUGUGGAGAACACGAGCAUGCCCUUUCCUCUAAUGGUCAAUUGAGCCCAGUGAUUAGAUACAGAUGCUACCAUGAAAAGGGUAAGAUUUAGGAUAGUGAUGGUCAUUGUCAGCCUGGAACAUUGCAUUCUCCCUGACCAAACUGCUUAGGGAUUAGUUCCAGGACAUCCCUGGUAUCAUUAGAUCGCUCUACCCUUAACUGUCAGUUGCAACUUGAGUCUGGUCUGGGACACCCUAGUUUUUAUUUAACAAAAUUCAUAUACUGCUUGAUGGUAAAUAAGCAGUUUACAAUGAAGAGGGAAUACUCUUUAUCUUCUUAAUAAUCCCUAUUGUAUUUAGUCUGUGAAUUUCAAGGUGUAUAAAAAGACAUGGUUUUAAAAGUAAUUUAAAAAAAUAAAUCAGAUAUAGUAAGUUUCAAUUAUAACAAGGUGCACUUUUAAAAUGAAGUCUUAAUUUCAUGCAAAUAUAUGUCUUAAAACUGAAUUUAUAUAAUUUGAGAGGCUAGUCAUCACAAGAUUUAGUACUGCUAUUUACAUAAUGCUUAUAUUAUGUCUUGAUAUUUGAUGUCAGAGACUAGAAGGUCAUCAUAGGCUCUAGAAUCCAGGUAAUGCUAUUCUGUUUCGCACCAGGAUUAUCCACUGAGCACACAUAAUCUACUUCUAUCUAAUGCUUUAGCUCCCUAAACUCUGCAAUAUGUUCAGUUCCAAUAGACAGCCUUUAAUUCAUGAGUCUACCAGUUAAAUGAAAUGCACGUUCUUAUUGCUUUCCAUCUCGUAGACAAACUGUGUUUUCAUUCUGUUGUUGUUGUUGUUAUUAUUAUUAUUAUUACUGUAUUAUUGUUGUCGUUGUUAUUAAUUAAAUUUAUCCAAGGAUUACAGGGUGGUUUACAAUAUAAAAACACAAAAAUGCACAACCUAGUAACAAACAAAAACAGUAUAUAGAUUAUAGAUUAUUUAAUUAGCUGAAGACCUAAAAGAAGAGGAAUGUGUUUUCCUAGUGCCUAAAGAUAUGUAACGAAGGGGCCAGGCGAGCCUCCCUGGGGAGAGCAUUCCACAAACAGGGAGCCACCACAGAAAAGGCCUAUUCUUGUGUUGCCGCUCUCUGGACCUCUUGCGGAGAAGGCAUAUGAAGAAAGGCCUCCUAUGAUAAUCACAGGGUCUGGGUCGAUUCAUAUGCGGAGAGCUGCCCCUUGAGGUUGAACCAUGUUGUGGUUGUAAGCCACAAACAGGGAGCCACUGCAGAAAAGGCCUGUUCUCAUGUUGCCACCCUCCAUACCUAUCAUGGAGAAGGCACACAAAGAAGGGCCUCAGAUGAUGAUCACAGGGUCCAGGUAGGCUCAUAUGGACAGAGACAAUCCUUGAGCUAUUGUGCUCCUGAGCCAUUUAAGGCUUUGUGGAUCAAAACCAGCACUUUGAAUAGGGCCCCAAAACUAACUGGCAGGGCAGUUGGCUCAGGGUUGGCGUUAUAUGCUCAAACUGUCUUGCCCCGAUGAGCAACCUGACCAUUGAAUUCUGCUCCAGCUGAAGUUUCCAAACUGUCUUUAGAUUCUAUAGCACAAAAGACAGGUGGGUUGUAUGGCCUAAGAUAAGAUAAAAUAGUAAGGCCGAAAUGUUAAGCUUAUUUAAAGUUCUGAUCAGGGCUAUCCUAAACUGAGGUGGGUCACCUCAGAUGGUAACACCAUAGUCGAUAACUUUAUAUUUUUGAAGGGAUUUGGAUUCCCUGCCCCAUCACCAAAAUGUAUUGGGCUGUUUCUAGUCCUAACUGCAUUUGCAAGGCAUUAUGAAUCCCAAAUAAUUUUGGUUGACUUUACCUUUUUUUUAACUUUCUUUUAUGCGUGUUGAAGUGGGUUGAUCAGAUCUGUGGUACAGUGUUAUAGCAUACUUUGUGGCUGGAUUUUUAAAUAUUUUCCCUAAUAAAUUUAUUUCGGUUUUGUUGGCAAUAAUGUUGCACUGAUAUUUUGAGAAUUAUUUUCUGAAGUCAUUAGAAAUAAUUUAGAAUCAAAAUGUGUGUAAGUUUUUUUUGGUUUUUUUUUGUAAUCUUUCAUUUAUUUCCAGUUAGUGUAAGAUGUGUAAUCUGGUUGUGUGGCAAAACUAGAAGAAUAAGCAGAAGCUCUUGCAAUGGGCUUCCGCUGGUAGAGCUGGUUAGAGGAAUCCUGCCCUAAAUGGGCAUGUAUUCUCUUCUUUGAGUUUAUUAGCAUUAAGAAAAUGUGAUUGGAUGUUAGCUGAAAUUUUUGUUUCACAUACAACAGUUAUUGUGACCACCAUGACACCACAGUGCGCAACUUACAUAGCGUAAAUGUGUUGUCAGGUGCGUCAUUUAAACUUGUCUCGGCACUGUCACAAUUUCUUCCCUACAACUUCAAUGAUUAUUUAUUUGUACUAUACCAUCACUGUAGGGUACCUUGCAGAGCUUUACAAAAAGAGAGUUUCCUGACCUCCUGAAGCUUACAGUUUGAAUACAAGUCAUAGAAUUGUAGAGUUGGAAGGGUCCAGGAGGGUCAUCUACUCCAACUCCCUGCAGUGCAGGAAUCUUUUGCCCAACAUGGGGCUCGAACCCAUGGCCCUGAGAUUAAGAGUCUCAUGCUGUACUGAUUGAGCCUCAGACAAGGGGAGGCUGAACAUACAUUGUUGCUUUUAGGGAGUGGGUGGAGCUGUGGUCUAAAGUCCUAAACCACUGAGCUUGGGCUUGCCAAUCGGAAGGUCAACUCUGUGUGAUGGGGUGAGCUCCCAUUGCUCUAUCCCAGUUCCUGCCAACCUAGCAGUUUAAAAGCACACCAUUGCAAGUAGAUAAAUAGGUACCGCUGCGGUGGGAAGGUAAAUGGCAUUUCUGUGCGCUCUGGCUUCCGUCACGGUGUCCCGCGGUUUAGUCAUGCUGGCCACAUGACCCAGAAAGCUGUCCGUGGACAAACGCCAGCUCCUUCGCCCUGAAAAACGACAUGAGUGCCACCCCAUAGUCGCCUUUGACUGGACAUAACCGUCCAGGGGUCCUUUAGCUUUACCUUUUAUUGCUUCUCGAAGAAAGAUAAUAGAAUUACACAUUAAUAUGUUUAGUAGGUAGAUAGCUUUUAAUGGUUAUUUAUCAGUAACCUCAACUUGGGCGUAACUUCGAAAAGUGUAGAAACAUAUUUUUCUACUAGCCCCCCACCCCACUUUAUCGAAGCAUGUAGAAGCUUCUAUCCGCUUCCACUCAGGUAUAUCAGGCCCUUCCUGAUUGGCUCCUGCUAGCUGGGCAGAUGCCACCAUGGGAAAUAUUCCAAAAGAAAGCACAGAAGCAGAAAGAGACACCAAAGUACUGGUGUCAGUUGGGAACGUCAUUAUUUUUGCAUUUGAGAGAGGGCAGUUGAAAAGGAAAUUUGUCGGCCAAGUGAUGGGCAAUAUGAUCUUUGAAUAUGAAAACCUCUUCUUAAAAAAGGAGACUUCACUGACAUUUGUCUUCCCUGCAGAUGAUGAUAAAUGUUCACUUGAAAAGAAACAAAUCAUUAGGGUGUUGUUACAACCAAGUGUUGGGACGCGGGUGGCGCUGUGGGUAAAACCUCAGCGCCUAGGACUUGCCGAUCGCAUGGUUGGCGGUUCGAAUCCCCGCGGCGGGGUGAGCUCCCGUCGUUCGGUCCCAGCUCCUGCCCACCUAGCAGUUCGAAAGCACCCUUAAGUGCAAGUAGAUAAAUAGGUACCGCUUUAUAGCGGGAAGGUAAACGGCGUUUCCGUGUGCUGCGCUGGUGCAGGCUCGCCAGAGCAGCUUCGUCACGCUGGCCACGUGACCCGGAAGUGUCCUCGGACAGCGCUGGCCCCCGGCCUCUUAAGCGAGAUGGGCGCGCAACCCCAGAGUCGGUCACGACUGGCCCGUACGGGCAGGGGUACCUUUACCUUUACCUUACAACCAAGUGUUAAUUCCUGCGGGUUUUGCAACAUCCCACAUGGACAACCUGCAAGUGUCAUGUGCAGGAUCUUGCUGUGGAGUCAUUUGUUUGUAUGUGUCUGUCAGUAAAUUGCCACAUGCUAUGUUGGUCACAGAUCAUUUGUUGGAAAACUGUCUUUCCACAGUUUCCAAUAAACAUUACCAUAAGUUUGAUAUUUGCCCAUGAAACAUUAGCUGUUUAUGUAUCUGACUGCAGAUAGAGAAUAAAUUUACAGAUAACUUCUUGAGGUUGCAGAACUGUUGUGUUGGACACACAUGUUAAAGUACAGUAAAAAUGCAGCAUUUAAACUUUCUGUGGCAUACUUCUUGGUUAUUUUUGUAGGGUUGGUUCCUGCUAGCUAGGGAAGAUCAUUCCUGUUAACAAAUAGUUUAAUGUUAAUCCCAGUUCAAGUAUUAUUAGCUAACACAUGAAAUGCUAUGUAAGAAGCUUACAGAUUUUAUGUUGCUCAGUAUUGUACUAUCCGUUUAUUUUUGAUAAUUGGCUUCCAUAAAACUUUGUUGUGAAACAAGCAGCUUUUAUCAUUCUUGUAAGAAUUUAUAUGGCUCGCUGUCAGUGGUGAUCUGGUAACAUGCUGUAUUCUUUUACCAUUGGAAUUAGCUUUAUUUUCUACAAGUUUGGUAGAAAGUGUUUAAAUGGUGAUUCCUUGACAAGCUUAUCAUCAGCCUGGCAUAUUCAGGAAUGGCAAGGAGACUUCUCUUGUUUCUCUGAGAUCUUUCCCCUGUUGUACUUCGCUGUGUUUCAUGGAGAUUCUUCUCCCUUAGUCCAACAUUUACCUUCUAUUGCAACUUUGGUGCCUUCCAGGCUCCUUUCUUUUAUUUAACUCUGCUUCCUUAGAUAAUGCUCUAAAAAUGAGAGUUGGAAGGUACAUCCGGUUCAAUUUCCUGCCAAUGCGGGAAGCUCUCUACAGCAGGGGAAGGGAACCUCUUGACUCAGCAGGCCAGAACCUCAUCUGGCCCCAUCCCCAUAGAGUAAUUUUGGCUGGCGGUGCUUUGUCCAGAUCUUAGACAAGUCAAUUGAAAAAUAAUGUUUUCUUUUCCAGAGAAAAUGCUUUUCGUAGUGUUCGUAACCAAGACAACACACCUGUCAAAGUCACAGCACAGCACUUCCCAAUCAAGCUGGUUAUUGGGAGCUUGGGAACUUCAGUGCAUGGAGCUUUGCAUUGGAUAAUUUUACUGAUCAGAUAACUCAUAUUGGCCCUUGGGUAAAGACCAAUGGAAGGGGGCACUAUUGACUGGCCAGUAAAAUAUACAAGUCCAGAGGCAAAGAAGGAUAAAGACAAGAAGGCAGAGAUGGCAAAAGAUUAGUGGAGUUGAGGUGUGCUAAGUGGUCAUGAGAUGAAGACUCAUAGCUUAAAGUAAUCCUAGAAGAGGAAGGACCAGAAGGAAGCAGCUGGAGGUAGAUACUUCUGGAAGAUAUGUGCUUAAGGAAGCAGAUAGGCUCCAGCAAACAGGCAGCGUGGAAUCUUUAAGAUGGUGGUUCUGACUCAAGUGAGAACUUUUUCCUCAGAAAAGCAUAUUUGCUGUGACUGAACGUUUAUCAGGCCAGUAAGAAGCAAAGUGAGAGAAGAUAUCAUUGUAGAUGCUGGUCUUGCUUUGUGACUGCUGGCUGGUAUAGGGAGGAUGGGGAAUUAAGUCCUGAAUUUAAAUAGAAGGUUAAAUAGGGAAAGGAGAUUCCAUAUUCCGUUCCACAUUCCAUGGCAAUUAUGCCAAGUUUAAAUAAGGCAUAACAUUUGAAGUUGUAACGUUUUAUCUUUAAUAAUAUAUUAACCUGCAGUUGUUAAAUUAAUCUAAUUUCUGCAUAUAUUAAUGCCUGUAAUAUAUUAUUUUGUUCUUGUUUAAGCUCUUAGUUGAUCAGAUCUUAUGCCCACGCUUUGUUUUAUGCUAUAAAAAGGUGAAAUCCAGGAAGUGGUUAUUGUGGUUGUAAUGGGUGUUUAUCAGCAGGGCUAAGUUAAAGAUGCAUAUAUUUUCCCCCACACUAUUCAUGGUUGCCUUUCUUCUACAGCCUAUGUAAGCUUUUCAGUCAUUUGGUACGCUUAGUGUGCUGUGACAUCUAGAGUUUUUGCCUCCAGGAGGACAUUCUAAAUCAAAGUCCCAGGACUAUUUUAGCUUUCAGUAAUCUGUGCAAGAGAAGAGCUAGCUUUAGAGCAAAUAGCUGGUGUAAUCUCAGACCCCUAGAGCAUUUGCUGAUGGCAGGUCUAAUAAUUUGAGAAUUGGGAAGAGAGGUAGAUUUUAUUUCCCCCCCUGAAAACUGGUUAUCUUGGGAAAUCAAAUCUAAGAAAAUGUGAGGAACUAAGCAAUAGUGAGCUUUUCGCUAUUCUUGGUCCUGCUGUCCAUAUAGUGGUCUUUAAGAAUUCUUUAGCCUAGUUUUGCCAUUUAUAUAUCCAAGACAGACAUGCAGAGAUAAGUGUUAUUUGGACCUGUGCGUUCUUCCUUUUUUGCCAAUGCCUGUCCUUUAAAUAGUGGCCAGAAAAUGCUAUAAUGGAUGGUAUGGCAUCUCCAGUACCAAUACAAUUAUCAUAGUUUCACUCCGAAGAGAGAAUUUCCUUGGUGAUACUCAGUGGUUUUUGAGUGCAGCAAUGCAAUACAUUUUCCAUUUCUGUAUUUUAUUAUCAUUAUCUAGGUGAUAGGAGGACACACCUCAUCCUAUAGUUUGUGGAUUUUUGUUUGAAAAUGUUAUGUUAUUUGAUUUGAGGUAUGGACAAAAGCUUGCUGUUAAAUUCUUUAAAGUUUACCUUGACUCCCUGGAUUCCAGCAUAUAUUCUGAUUGUUAGGUUGUAGUAGCUGUCAGAUGGAAACUGCAGACUGUCCUGCCUUUUAUCUUCUUCAUGCCAUAAGUCGCUUAGAUGAGGAAUUUGGAGGUUAUAUUAUUUUGAGAGCAUUUUACUUUACACAGUUUCUGACAUUAUCCUUCUCUGUAGAAGAGGGUUACAUUAAUCACAAACUUAAGUAGGUAUUUGCAAGUAGAAUUCUUGCUUUGUUUCCAGCUCUUUUGUACUGCUGGUACAUGUGCUUGGAUAAAGCGGCAUGCGUUCAUUUCCCAAAAUAUCCUAAGUGUUUCAUGUUCAAUUACAUUAGGAACUAAACAGUGCAUUCUUGUCAGACUAGGCUUUUCCUUUUGAAUUCCCUACAUUGCUUUAUUUCCUUUUGUACCUCAAAAGAAUUCACAUCACCCUGACACAAAUCAGUAAUAAUUCUGUAGCACAUCUGAUUCCAGUACACCUUAUUAAAGGGACAAUCAGCAAUGGUUGGAGAUCCUGAUACUCUUCAGCCUUAAGAACUUAAAACCAAAACAAAACUGUUAUCAUAAGACUCCUUUAGCAUACAGAACAGAAAACGUUUCAGUGUAAUAUAUACAAAAGUUCUAGUUAUGAAGUUUGUCAAAGCAUACUUUAUAUUUAAUCAUCGGUCCUUUGAGUUAUGGUUGUUGGCUGCAUGAUGAAAACAAAUGAUAUUGACAUUUCAAAUGAUAUUGAAGGCCUCUAUAUUGAUAAAAUUUACAAGCAAAGCAUGAUGCUUGGGUUACCAGUUAGGUGGAAUGACUUAGUAGUCUGAAAUGUGGUUUGGUCAUCAAAUAUACAUGUUUUAAAAUUAAACUUAAACUGUAGGUGUCAAGCAUGUAAGCUCAUUUGUGCAUGAAAAUGGUGUGCACACUUCAGCUUUAUGAUGAAUUGGAAAGUGCAUAUUUUCAAGUUACAUAAUUUAAUAUGGUAUAGAAAAUAAGUGAGUAUAGAAGUAUCCUUUAACAUAUUUCGGGGGGAGGGAAUUAUCCAGUAAAGUGCUCAAAACUUAUAUCUAUCUACAUGAUUUUAUUUUCUCUUCAUAGCCAUAGAUUGUAAGCAAAAAAAAUCAAGAUCAAGAUCUGGGAGCAAGAAAAAAAUUCUGCCAUUACCUCAUGGUGCUGAUGAAGUUUACAUACUCCGGUGCAGGUAUAUGUGGAACUGCAUUGAGUCAUUUGGAGUAGCUAUAGCUUGUUUCUGAUUUGUAGAAAUGCAUCUUGUAUUUGAGUGUCAUGUAUGUACAAAAAUCUAGUGACCUGUGGACCUAAUGAUGCUCACUAUGCAUGAGUGUAGCCGGUAGCUAAUAAAUGAAAGUACUUAACUAACUGACCAGUUGUGUUGCUGAUAAUUCGAGAAGUCGGUUGAGGGAAAUGGGAAGUCAUUUUGGGGGAAACUGAGAAAGCCUUAUUUUCCUUGAUUCCCCCCUCCCCCAGGCCCUCAUUACUUCCCUGCAUCCCAGCAAAUAAGUCACUGCUAAUGAAAGUGAAUAUUAGCAAGGCUUCCCCACACUCUAGGAAUUUAAGGAAGGGUAACCUAAUUUGAGGAGAGGUACAGUUGUACCUUGUUUCGCAACUGGGAUCUGUUCCGGAGCCCCGGACACUAGACGAAAAGGACCCACAACAAAGCGUGUGCGUGGAGUGGUUUGUGCUUCUGCGCAUGCGUGAAGUGCGAUUUAGUGCUUCUGCGCAUGUGCGAGCAGCAAACCUGAAAGCAACCCGUUCUAGUAUUUCUGGGUUUGCCAUGGGCAGUCGUUGAAAUGGACGCUCAGUGAGGCAGACUCAAAACAAGGUACCACUGUACUACCUAAUUAGGACUUUACUUAGGUAAUAACUAGUAUCUUGAACUGGACCGAGAACCUCACAUUAGAUUAUUUACCUUCCCUCUAUUAUGAGUUGGGACUCACAAAACACUUUGCAGUAGUAGCAUAUAGCAGUUGGCUUAAAAGAUAAGACCAUUCCUGCCCUCAUGCUUAUCGUCUAAAAAACACAACACAAAUUGAAGAAAGAUGGGGAGGGAAGAAGAAAACCAGACGCCAGUUUUUAAUUCACAGUUGUAGUUUUAGAAUUAUAGGUAUAAUUUGUGAUAUAAAGUUGUAUGCUUCUGUUUUUUGUAUCUAGAGUUACUUAUUCCUGGGAUAAACGAUAGCUGAAUUAACACCCAGGAAUUUUUUUAAAUCAUCAGUGAUAUGCAUACUCAGGCUUAGUUUUUUACUGCACUUAACACAAAGUUCAAUUACAAUGCUAAUGUGCUUUAUUUGGAUGAUUUUAAAAACUGUGCAGGUUUUGUGGUCUGGUGUUUCGGGGGCCCUUGUCUGUUCAAGAAGACUGGAUAAAACACCUUCAGCGCCACAUUGUCAACGCAAAUCUUCCUCGAACUGGGGCUGGCAUGGUGGAAGUAACAUCACUGCUUAAAAAACCUGCCUCAAUUACUGAAACUUCAUUUUCUUUCCUGAUGGCGGAAGCAGCUUCAUAG